AUGUUUUCCAACCAUGCUGAAGUUCCAUCUUCGGAUACUGUCUUAGCUGACGCUUCAUCCUCUGGGGUAGUGGCAGGCAUAGCUAGCUUUUCAGUAGAGCCAGCUGCCACCGCUACCGUGAUCCCUACCAUGGAACCUCCUCCAAGACCGCUACCUCCCCCCCUCAUGCCUCCUCCGGGGAAGAAGUCUGCACCUCCUCCACAUCCACCGCUUCCACCGCUCAGUGUCAGACCUGGUCCUGUCCCACCACCUCCACCAAAGGUUGCCCCUGUUCCACGUCGUCUACAGGAAGGCUCGAGCUCUGUUAGACCGCCCUCAAUUCCUGGCCCAAAUCGCGCAGGAAGCAUUCGUCCAGAUCAGUCCACUGACAAUGAUGGUCCUAAGACCAAGCUGAAACCCUUCUUCUGGGAUAAAGUUCUUGCAAACCCUGAUCAGUCAAUGGUCUGGCAUCAGAUCAAUUCAGGUUCUUUCCAGUAAGUUUGUGUGUCAAUCAUUGUCAACCCUCUGCAGUAUCUACCCAAUCUAUAAGCUAGAUUAAGUUAUUCUCAUGGAUGUGCAGGUUCAACGAGGAGAUGAUAGAGACCCUCUUUGGCUAUUCUGCUGGCAAGCAGAAGAACGGGGAUGACAAGAAACCGGCAGCCAUUGACACUUCUCCUCAACACAUUCAGAUCCUGGACCCGAAGAAGUCUCAAAACCUAGCGAUCCUCCUGCGAGCCCUGAAUGUGACAGUGGAAGAAAUUCGUGAUGCACUCAUGGAAGGUGAGAUGAAGACGAUGAUCCUCCUCCGCCUGUAUUUUCCUUUUGAUUAAGGUGGAAGCUCUGGUGGCCAGAGUGAACAGGAAGGGGAUGAUCCAUCUUCUCUGUUCACCUCUCUUUGCUUCGAUUCUUCUGUGAUUUCAGGAAAUGAGCUCCCGACAGAGCUCCUCCAGACUCUGAUAAAGAUGGCGCCGACGACGGAUGAAGAACUCAAGCUUCGCCUGUACGCCGGCGAAAUCUCCUGCCUUGGCCCCGCAGAACGAUUCCUGAAGGCCCUCGUGGACAUCCCCUUCGCCUUCAAGCGCUUGGAUGCCAUGCUGUUCAUGGGUUCCCUGCAGGAAGAGAUCUCGAGCAUCAAGAACGACUUCCAAACUAUCGAGGCAUGUCUCCGUCCAGCUCUUUCUCUCUCUCUCUCUCUCUCUCUCUCAACCUCUGUCUACCCAUCUCGCCAUUGUUGCUUGGUUGUUCGUCUUCGUUGAUUUCUAUGCUAGGUAGCCUCCUGGAAGCUGAAGAGCAACCAUCCGUUCCAGAAAUUACCAUAAAGUCCAAUGAACUCAAUCAUCCUCUCUCUCCCCCUCGGACUGCUAACAACCGUUUCAGAUCUCCAUUGAUUUCCACGCCAGGCGGCCUGCGAGGAGCUGAAGAACAGCAGACUGUUCAAGAAGCUGCUGGAGGCUGUGGUGAAGAUCGGCAACCGGAUGAACGACGGCACCUACCGCGGCGGCGCCCGCGCCUUCAAGCUCGACACCCUCCUCAAGCUCGCCGACGUCAAGGGCGCCGACGGCAAGACCACUCUCCUCCACUUCGUCGUGCAAGAGAUCGUCCUCUCCGAAGGCAUCCGCGCCGACCGCCAGGCGGCGCCGCCACCCCCCGGCAGCGUCGCCACCCCCUCCGACUCCGGAGACCGCCACCGCCGCCUGGGAUUGGAGGUCGUCUCCGGCCUGCCCAGCGAGCUGGAGAACGUCAAGAAGGCGGCGCUGCUCGACGCCGACGCCCUGGCCGGCACCGCCGCUGCCCUGGGGAGAGGUCUCCUGAAGACGAGGAGCUUCCUGAACGGGGACAUGAGGAGCAUGGAGGAGGAGGGGGGGUUCCACCGGGCCCUGCGGAGCUUCGUGGAGGACGCAGAGGGCGGCGUGACGGCGCUGCUGGAGGAGGAGAAGAGGGCGGGGCUGCUGGUGAAGAAGACAGUUGACUUCUUCCACGGCGAAGCCCGGAAGGACGAGGGGCUGAGGCUGUUCGGAAUCGUGAGGGAUUUCCUCGGGAUGCUGGAGAAGGCUUGCAGGGAGGUCAGAGAAGCUCCGGCCACGGCGGCGAGGGUUGACCCAGAGAGAUCAACGGCGGGUCCGAGGCGGCAGCGGCCUUUCCCGUCGAUCCGCGGGGGGCGGGCGGAUUCCUCCAGCUCGGACGAUGGGAGCCCCUAG